GUGGAGCAGGUUGCUCUGCUCGUCCUCACGUUCUCCACUGCAGCUGAGCGGAUGAGAUGAGAGGGCACAUCUGAGCCCAGUGCAACCAGCGAGGACCAACACCAGAACCACCACCACAACCACCAGAGGCGGCUGACACCUCGACGAACACAGCUCCAUGUAAAAUAGCAAGCGGUCCCGGACUUGUGUGAACCAGCCACGGUUUGAAAGAGAGCGAGGACAGGUAGACGGCCGCCUGAAUUCGGAAGCUAUCGGCAAGUGGCGGGCGAAACCUGGUUACGCCAACACCACAUACAAGAAGUCUGUUGUCGUGCUCAAGACAGCUGUACAGCAAAGGACUGGCAGCAAGACUCAGACAAAAUACUUGAACUAAAGGUGUGAGUGGACUGGAGAGGUUUGUUCCCAGCAUGCCACUUGCCCUGAAGCACCACAAGGCCACUGUGCCAACACAGGGCUGGAUCCUGGCGUUUGCUCUUUUUCUGGCUCUACAGGGUGCUACUUAUGCUGCUCCCUCCGGAGACAACCAGCUGGUCCGGACGACCCGAGUGAGGAGACAGAUCCCAGAUGGAGAAACCUCCUCAGCUUCCUCACCCAACCAGACAAUGCAGGAGCAACCUCUGGUCUUCAACCAUGUCUACAACAUUAAUGUACCCGUGGAAUCGCUCUGCUCGGUCGACCUUGACACCGCUGCACCACCCGCCCCAGAGGAUGGCCCCCGUGCUGAGCUUGGGUCCCGAUCCUCUGUAAAGCGACCACUGGACCCAAUUGGACCGACAGAGUACACUGAACAGACGCUAGAUGCAGACAGCCAGGUUACGUUCACUCACCGUAUCAGCAUCCCCAAAGCGGCGUGUGGUUGUCCGGCGACUGUCACAAUCCAGCAGCUGGCCACCAGGGUGGAGAUGCUGGAGAGAGAGCUUUCAAUGCUCCGAGCUCAGUGUGGAUCAGGUUGCUGUAGGGAGAACCCGGCCAUGGGCCGUUUCGACUAUUUCCCGGGAUGCAAUGGCCACGGCAGCUUCAGCCCGGAGCUAUGUAGCUGCAUUUGUGACGAAGGCUGGACUGGCAAAAACUGCUCGGAUCCCCGUUGCCCUGACGACUGCUCCGGCCAGGGCGCGUGCAUCGAAGGGGAGUGCGUGUGCGACCGCGACUUUGUCGGGGAAAACUGCUCUGAGCCUCGGUGCCCGGCCGACUGCUCCGGCCGCGGUCUGUGCAUCGACGGGGAGUGCAUGUGCGAGGAUUCCUUCACCGGGGAGGACUGCAUGGUCGGGAGGUGUGUGAACGACUGCUCGGGCCAAGGGUUGUGCGUCAACGGAACGUGCCAGUGCCGACCCGGGUAUGUGGGGGAGGACUGCUCGCUGGUGUACUGCGCCAACAACUGCAGCCAGAAGGGAAUCUGCAAGGACGGAUUCUGUGUGUGCCAGGAUGGCUAUGCUGGAGAUGACUGCAACUCUGUUGCACCUGCCAUGAACCUGAAGGUCCGAGGUGUAACAGACAGAGACAUCGAACUGGAGUGGGAAGGUUCUGUGGUCCUGACGGAUUAUCUCGUGACCUACACACCAAGCAGCCCGGGAGGUGUCCAACUAGAAAUCCGGCUCCCGGGGAAUACCACAUCCUGCACUAUCUCAGACCUGGAUGCAGGCAUGGAGUACAACGUCAACAUGUUUGCUGUCAUUAAUAACAGCAUCAGUGUUCCUGCCAGCAUUACUGUCGCAACCUAUCUCUCCAAUCCAGAUGGUUUAGUCUUCAAAUCCAUUACAGAGACGUCAGUCGAGGUCCAGUGGCAACCUUCCUACUAUUCCUUCGAUGGCUGGGAGAUCAGCUUCAUUCCCAAGGACAAUGACGGCGGGAUGACAGCCCAGCUGCCCAGCACCAUCACAUCCUUUUUACAAACUGGUCUGAGACCAGGCGAGGAGUACACAGUGAACCUGGUGGCGCUCAGGGAUCAGGGUCGCAGUCAGCCCUUUACCGCUGCCGUCACGACACUGAUCGACGGCCCCACUCAGCUGGCUGUGCGCGAUGUGUCUGACACGGUAGCGUUCCUAGAGUGGACCACGCCGAAAGCCAAAAUUGAUCAGAUUGUGUUGCGUUACGGCCUCGUGGGAGGCGAGGGCCCACGCACUACCUUUCGCCUCCAGCCUACGCUCAGCCAGUAUACCCUGCAGGUCCUUCGUCCCGGUUCCCGUUACGAGGUGUCCGUGAGCGGAGUGAGGAACGGAAACGCGAGCGGUUCCAUUUCCAUUGAAUUUACAACUGCUUUAUCGUUCUUCUCAGAGAUCGACGCCCCCAAGAACUUGCGUCUCCUCUCCAAGACCUCCACCACCUUGGAGUUGGAAUGGGACAACAGCGAGGCGCAGGUGGAAGCCUACCAGGUGGUGUACAGCACACUGGCAGGUGAUCAAUACGAAAAGGUCAUUGUACCAAGAAAUGAGGGAGACACCACAAAGGCCACUCUCACCGACCUACUGCCUGGCACAGAGUACGGUAUUGGCAUUUCUGGCAUGAGAGGCAGUAACCAGAGCACAUCGGCCACUAUGAACGCCAGAACGGGUCUGGACGUGCCCAUGGAUCUAACUGUCACAGCAUCUACGGACAACACCAUCACCUUGGUGUGGGGCACGGUCCAGGGCCCCAUUGACUUCUACAAAGUCACCUAUACAUCAUCUUCAGGCGUGUCUACUGAGCUGACUGUCCCUAGAGAUGAAACCACUACCACUCUGACAGACCUGGAGCCGGGCACGGAAUACACUAUCACUGUGGCAGCCAAGAGAGGCAGACAGCAGAGCAACGUGGCUUCCAUAGAUGCCUUCACAGGGAUCAGGCCCGUUUCCCACCUCUACUUGUCUGAGGUGACUUCCGACUCAGUGCUGGUGGCAUGGAGCUCACCGGCACCGCCGGCUGACGUCUUCAUCCUCAGCUACAGUUCUGCUGAUGGCACCGACACCUCUAAGGUGACCCUGGACGGCUCCAAGACGAGGUCGCUAGUGCAAGGGCUGCUUCCGGCCACUCAGUACACCGUCAGCCUAAUCACAAUACAAGGGGACGUCACUUCUGAGCCUAUUACAGCAUCCCUUACGACAGGUAUGGACCCACCCAAGCAGAUGACGGUGACCGCCGUGGCUGAGGACAUAGUGACUAUUUCGUGGAUAAAACCCCUGGCUCCAUUUGAAUAUUAUAAGCUUUCCUACCAGUCAGCCAGAGGUCGAGUGGACAGCGUUGUGAUUGACAGCGAUGUGACCAACUACACCUUGUCCAGUCUGUUCCCCGCUACCGAGUAUGAGAUCAGUCUCAACGCGGUCAGAGGGAGCCAGGAGAGCAAAAUUGUUAGCGCCUCGGUUUUCACAGCCAUGGACAUGCCAUCAGAGUUGACUGCACUCAACAUUACUCCGCAAGGAGCCCUGCUGAGGUGGAACCCCCCUAUGUCCAACGUCGACAAUUACGUGCUGACUCUCACACAUGACCAGGUGACAGCAGAUACCUUCCUCGUGGAGGGCAACAAGCAGGAACAUCAGCUAUCCAACCUGAAGCCCAGCACCUCCUACUCGGUAGCCCUCUAUGCCACCAAGGGACCCCUCACCAGCGGCACUGUCAUCGCCAACCUCCAAACACCCAUGGACGCUCCUCUGAACCUGACAGCCAGCGAAGUGAAUCACCGCAGCGCUCUCAUCUCCUGGCAGCCGCCCAUCUCUGAAAUCGACAACUAUAUGCUCACCUACAAGUCACCUGAUGGCAACCGUAAAGAGUUGAUUCUCGACGCAGAGGACACGUGGAUUCGCCUGGAGGGUCUGCCCGAGACCACCGAGUUCACCGUCAAGCUGCAAGCAGCGAGGGGUCUGGACACCAGCGCUGUCGUCUCCACGACCUUCACCACAGGGAGUCGGCUGUUUGCGACGCCUCAGAAUUGCGCCCAGCACCUGCUGAACGGGGAGACGCUGAGCGGCGUCUACACCAUUUACAUCAACAGGGACCCCAGCCAGGGCGUGCAGGUGUACUGUGACAUGAGCACGGACGAAGGAGGCUGGAUUGUGUUUCAGCGACGUCAAAACGGCCUGACAGAUUUUUCCAGGAAGUGGAGUGACUACCGGGUCGGCUUUGGGAACCUGGAGGAUGAAUUCUGGUUGGGUUUGGACAACAUCCAGAGGGUCUCCGCUCAGGGCCGCUACGAGCUGAGGAUCGACAUGAAGGACGGGCAGGAGUCAGUCUAUGCCAAUUAUGAUAAAUUCUCCCUCGGAGAUGCAAGGAACCUGUAUAAGCUCAGGAUAGGAGAGUACAACGGCACCGCCGGCGACUCUCUAAGCUACCACCAGGGACGACCCUUCUCCACAAAAGACAGGGACAACGACAUCGCUGUCACUAAUUGUGCCUUGUCGUACAAAGGAGCCUGGUGGUACAAGAACUGCCACCGUGCCAACCUAAACGGGAAGUACGGCGAGUCCAGACACAGUCAGGGAAUUAACUGGUACCACUGGAAAGGUCACGAGUUCUCAAUUCCCUUCGUGGAGAUGAAGAUGAGGCCGUUCAACUUCCGUAGCAUCGGCAGCAAGAGGAGGCGGUCGGCGCCCGUAUAGGCUCCCGUUUGAGCCACCGCCCAAGCUGAGAGGCAGAGACGGAUUGAGUUCGGAUGACUGUUUUGAUCAGCCUUCGUCAAUGAAAAGAAAUGUUUUAUAGAAGAGAAUCUGUGACUCAUGCGUUCUUUCCAUUUUCAAUUGGCAAAAGAAAAUCAGAAAAAUGCAAAAGUAACAGAUUUGUUUUCCUUUUCAAUUAACUAAGUAAUAUUUCCUCAUUAAAUUUAAGGCUAUGGCUAAUAUGAAAAAUCUGGCAUUUUUUUCUCAUUUUUGUUAUAGCAUUAACAAAAUAAUCAGUCGCUAUUUCAUAUUUGUUUUUAUUUUUCAUUGCCAGUUGAAUGUGGAAAGAGCAACUGAUAUCUGGUUUUACGAGGCUUCUGUGACAAUAGGCCAUUUUAUUGAGCGUUAAGCUUUUUGGGUGAAAUUGAAGCAAUGACAGCAGCGAGCGUCUUAGGAAAACAUCAUUUGACAUCUGUUCGUCUCUGCCUCGCAUCCACGUAGAGCCGUCUUUCCCUGCUGUCCUUCCUCCCAGGAGAUAAAGACACUGUAUGUAAUUUAUUCAACUCCUUGAAUGACUGACAAUUCCUCUGUUUUCUGUAAAAAACAAAACCCCAACAAAAAACAAUAAGGAUGUGCUAUUUUACCAUUAACAAUAAUAACACUUUUAACAACUAUGAAGGCCGUUACUGUAAGAUAUAUACAUAUAUUUUUAUAACUGAUAUUGUCACAAAAAGGUCCAUCGUAUUUGAUUUGAUGCCUUUUCAUUCUGAGAUUCAUGCAAACCCGACAGACAACGCAAGCCUCUUUUACACAGGUUAUUUCCAGGUUGCUAUUGUGUACAAUCCAAGCAUUAUUCCAACUUUUGAGGUGUUAUCAGAGUCAUCUAAUUAUAGUGGUGCCUUGAGGUACAAGUUGAAUUCGUUCUGUGACCAUGCUCGUAACUCGAACCACUGGUAUAUGAAAUCAUCUUUCCCCAUUGAAAUGAACAGAAAUGCUAUCGAGCCCACCCAAAAAAAAAAAAUUCAAAACAUUUUUCCAGUGUGUUUUCUAAUAAAGAAAAAAGUACUUGAUAAGAUUCUACUUUAUAUAAACAUAUAGUAAUAACAAUUAAAUGUAAGGAAUUAAUCAGAUUUUUGCAUCUUGAAUAAUUUCUUUGUGAUUGUGCCGCUCCUGGUGUGUGUGCCUCGGCAAACUGGGGCCCGUGCUAUACAUAGAGACAGUCACAACUCCUCAGUGAGCUGCAGUAAUAUUUGUUGUUUUUUUGCAAGAAAUAAUUUAUGCCUGUUAGUAUUAUAUGUCUACGUGUUGGUCCAUCGUUUGUGUUCAAAUAUCCGUCUUUGGCGUUUUGUAUUGUUCAAUAGUACUAAGCUAAAAUGACUUUCCUAAGGCAAAGCUAUGUGGUUGUUUUAAAAACACAAUGUGUAAUUCUCUUUAUUUUGUUUAAUUUGACAGUAAACUUCAACUGGGAGAGACAAUAAAUGGCUUGAAUCCUCUUUUUUUUCCACAUUUGCCAAACUGCUGAGUUCACUGCCACCAUACAGCGCUCGUAUCUCAAAUGUUUGCUUGCAUGGCAAAGCAAAAAUAGGCAGAACGACAGCUCAUAUAUUUUUUAAAUCUCCUAAAUUGGGUAACUCGUAUCUUCAGGCUCCGCUGUACUAUAAGUUAGAACAGUGUUUCCCAACCUUUAUUGCGUCAAAGCACCCAUUUUACCUUCGAAAAAUCUCACAAAUUUGUUGUUUGAAUGGCAACAAGUAGAUAUGUUAAUUGUACCUUCUGCCAUCCAGUGGAAGAGGAUUUAUUUUUCUUCUGCUUGUCACUGUACGUCGCUGGCAUAGAUAGAUGAACAAAGAUACGUCGCUUGUAGUAAAUGAUAAAUAAUUUUCACGAACUUGAAUCCUUUUCCCGUAGCACACCUUUUAGAGGGCUAGCCUUGCUAUCCUGCUUUGCUGGAUUCUGCGUAACGCUGGAAUGCGACUGCAUUGGGGGAUCUCUGUGUAAAAGAGGUUAAAGACGAUAGGAACAUUCAAGUUGGACAGUAAGAUUCACAAAGCGGUGCGGCUUCAUUAUGACCCAGUUUAUGUAUGUCUGAUUGUUCCACUAUAUAAUACAGUAUUUGUGUUCAGUGUCAAUACAUUGAUUUUUUUCUUUCUUCCUGUGUUCAUUCCCAUGUUCAUUUAAUUCACUUCGUUUGUUUCAUUGUUGCAUUGUAAUUUAGUUUCAAACAGACUAUGUGAGUGUUUUAUCUUGCUGUAGGGAUAAAAUGGUUUGCAUCGUUGGUAUUCAAACCAUUUUUUGGGAAAAGAUAGAAACCAGUCAGUCAACAAAACGAGCAUCAACAAUGGCAUUCAGAUAUUAUUAUUUUUUGGGUGAGAAGGUUACGUGCUUGCACAAACUGUUCGUGUAAUAUAUUUAAGGGAGACAUAUUGUGCUUUUCUUUUAUUUCUUUUUUUAAACAAUUUUGAACUUGAACCUUUUUUUAAUAACAUUUCUAUGAUAUGAUUUCAUCAAAAUACUCCAAGGAGCCUUGGUCAUGUGUCCAUCCUUGAACACGUGACCAAAGACAAAUACUCCCUCCCGCAAAUUCGCCGAGCAAUCAAGUACAUUGUGUUCCUUAUCAGAAGCUAACACUAAUCUAUGAAUAAAACCCAACGGCGUUUACUGUAGUAAAUAAAACAGGGCGCAACUAAACCUGACAGUGCGUAAUAGGCCGUAACACAACUUGGAAGGGUUUCGUAGUGGGACGGGAAGCAAAUGUUUUCCCCGGCAUCUCGCAAGCCUUUUGUCACGUUCUGGCGCGUUUGGUACACAUUUUGCCACGGUUCUCACACCAAGCUAGGGUGUAUAGUAGCCGAUUCAUCGAGUUCAAACUCGGUCUGACACAGCGCGUGUGGUCUAGAAGGGUCUGUCCCAUACAUACUGUAGUAAAGUGCCCACACCUGCUGCCUGACACUCGUCUAAAGCUAAGCCAUCUGUUUAACUUAGCUACAAUGCCCGCUGUGGCAUACCUGUUCAAAAUUCUCAAUGUUGAAUGUGUGUGUUUGUGUGUUAGACAGCGAAUUAGUUGUUGACAGAAAAACAAUAUUAUCAAACAUUUACUAAGAGGCAGUAUGCGGCCCUUCCCCCUAUGCCCCCAUGCUGACGCCAACUCUGGAGCCCUUCGCUUAUAUUUGCCGGAGCCACAAAGAUCCUCAAAACCUGCCGGGUGCGGGUGUACAUGUUUCAUGUUGUGCAUAAAAAGCCUCGAAGAGAACAUGACAAACGCGAGGGAGCCCCACCAGAACGUGACAGGCCGGAAGGGAACGUGCUAGCAUCCGUGGUAAACCGCAGACAGAACUGGACUUGGGACCCAGCAGCCCCAUCCCACCACGGAACGUCACAGAUACCGUGGCGGACCGUGAGAAAACUUAGCAAAACUUGAAUACGGAGAGAAAAAUUGCCCAAAUCCCAAAGCGGGACCACAUUUCGACCAAAAGGGGCUGCCGUGCCCACUCGGAACAUGCCCUAAACGUAGCCUAAUAGUGCAAACGGGCUUCAUCGCGAUCAAUUGGUUGUUUCAUCUCACACUUGAUGACUUGUUUCUAUUAGUGGCCAAGCAAUUUAAAAAAAAACUCACUUUUUGCAUAAUAUGUCCCCUUUAAAUCUGCAACCUGGCCUCAUACUGUCAACAAGAGCGCAUCUGUUUUUGACCUGAAAAAAGUCUCAUCAUUUUGAUGAUACCAUCACUGCCAGCACUGACUGAACUCAACGCGUUCAUCUCAUAUACUCGUGUAGACAUGAAGAUAUCUCAUCUUUUGACACUCUCUUCUUUUCGAAACAGACUAAUGCCAAAAACCUUCCUUUGGAGAGAUUUCCACUCAUACUGACAACACUGCAUGGACACAUUUGCUGAUCUGGGUUCAAGUCGCUUGUUUGAAUAGUUGCUAACGUGACAUAAUGUUAAUGAUUUACCCAAACGGCAUUUCCCAUCAUUCUGUCAUGUGCGUGCCUUUCGUGCAUCAUUUUCCAUAGUGAUCCCCAAUAGAGUAGGGAAUCCAGUGAAAGUGUGUUCGCAUUGUAUUAACCAUUAGCUGGAGUUUGUCUCUGGGCGUAUUUGUACAAGGAAGAAAGGGAACAUUGAAUCUUUUUUGAAAUAUGAGGGAUGUACGUAAUGUCAGACUUGAGUUUGUUUUACCUUUCAAAUUAUGAAGGAUUUGGUACAAAGACUCCAUAUUUAAGAAAGAAAAGUUUUUUUUUUUUUUUGUCUUUGUUUAGUUUAAGUCAUUCAAAAUUAGAGUAACAUUCCAACUAUUUGGAUGGUUCCCUGUUAAAUUGCGAAUGCAAAUACAUAAAUGAAUAGUAUUACUUUGGAGUUAACUGACAAUCUGUUUUGUUUUUUUGCAUUGGAUUGGUUUGAGUGUGGCGGCACGGUGGACGACUGUUUAGAGCGUCCGCCUCACAGUUCUGAGGACCUUGGUUCAAAUCCCAGCCCCGCCUGUGUGGAGUUUGCAUGUUCUCCCCGUGCCUGCGUGGGUUUUCUCCGGGCACUCCGGUUUCCUCCCACAGCCCAAAAACAUGCAUGGUAGGUUGAUUGAAGACUCUAAAUUGCCCGUAGGUGUGAAUGUGAGUGCGAAUGGUUGUUUGUUUGUGUGUGCCCUGCGAUUGGCUGGCAACCCGUUCAGGGUGUACCCCGCCUCCUGCCCGAUGACGGCUGGGAUAGGCUCCAGCGCUCCUUGUGAGUAUAAGCGACUCAGAUGGAUGGAUGGUUUGAGUGUCUGAUGAUAAAAGUGUAAUCUGCCAAUUUGCCCACCAGGUAGAGUAACAACCAGGUAGAGAACACAAACCUCUACGCCUGUCUAAAACUUUUGGAGGAGCGAUUUAAUAACAGAUAUUAAAUUAACAGAAAUCAAUCGAUCAGGAAUUUCCCGCUAAGGUUCUAGCUGUUAAAACAAGGCAUCUUUUAUGAAACAAAACAACCUAACACGCAGUUUUUUAAAAAUGAAUUCAAAUUAAAAAGACCGCAGCUCCAUGUACCAUCCAGUGACUGUAAAAAUGGUUAAAAAGAAAAUGUACUCAUCUGUAUGUCAUCAGCACUCAAUAAUUUACUUUUGCAGAUGAACUUUUGUACUGUAACUGUGACACUGUAACUUAAGCGGAUUUGAAAUGUCGCCAUGUAAAUGUAAAUGUUUGACAAAAUGUACUGUUGACGGUCGGAGGGGGGAAAAAAUGUGAUACAUGCUGAAAAUUUGGGAUUUGUUGUUUGAUACCCUUGGAUAUUGCUGUCAAAAUUUAGCUCUAGUUUGACAUAAGCGUGUGCUAUAUAGUUCCUUUUUUAAUACAUUUUCUACGUAUUAAUAAAAUAUUCAAAUAGUCAA